CACUCCCUGUCCUCUGCCUCCUCCUCACUGCUCAUCCUCCAGGUUUGUCGGUGGGAUGCUGUGAGCAGCUCAGCUGAGUCUGUGCCGUGCGCUCAGCUCGGAUACUGCGUCCACAAUGAUGCGCCUGCUGCCAUCACCUCCGCUUCAGCAACAGACAGACAAACUAAUGGGAUCUGUGUAGUGAUGCGUUCACAUCCUCUGCGCUGACUUCUCUGAAAAACCGCGAUGUAAAGUGUGUGACAGUGAGGGAUUAGAGAGAGCGGUGCAAACACUCCCGGCGUCUGCAAACAGGUGUUUCCAUCCUUUUGGCUGCGCAUUGAGCUUCAUUCACGACUAUGUGCCUCCCCGAGCACCAUGUGCGCGGCCAUGUAGUUUAGUGGGAUGAUGCAAAAGCGCUCACACAGACUGGCUUUGUGCGUAUUUGUUGUGAUGCAGGGAAAAUGAUACAGUUGGAGGAACAUGCAACGUGCUACGCUCAAAGUCUUUGUGCAGCUUCACGGUGGACCGUGUGGGGUUUAUCUUUUGUUAAGUUCCACUUUCUUCUCGGAGAUGCAACGGACAAUUGCUGAAUAACGCCCAAAUUGCCGAAAAUGAUUCACUCGGACAUUAUCUAACUGGCUGUGCUGCACUGCUGGGACUGUUUUACUGUCUGCUCCUCAUAGUCCACUUGUUCUUUAACGCAUUGGUAUAGUUGCCUCACAUUGUCUGGACGUUUACCUCCGGAAUCCAGUUUGCUGGGUGAUUAUUUUCUUCCUGGGAAGUUGUUUUCCAAAGCGCAGCCAAACUGGCCAUGGCUGCAGCGAUCGCCAGCUCCCUCAUCAGGCAGAAGAGGCAGGCGAGGGAGCGGGAGAAGUCUAAUGCCUGCCGCUGCGUGAGCAGCCCCAGUAAAGCCAAAGGAAGCUGUGAAAAACCCAGCCGACUAAACGUUUUCUCCCGGGUUAAACUCUUUGGCUCCAAGAAGAGGCGGAGGAGACGACCAGAGCCCCAGCUGAAGGGGAUCGUGACGAAGCUGUACAGUCGACAAGGUUUCCACCUGCAGCUGCAGGCAGAUGGAACCAUUGAUGGGACGAAGGAGGAAGACAAUGGCUACACCAUGUUCAACCUUAUUCCAGUGGGGCUGCGAGUGGUGGCCAUCCAGGGGGUGCAGACCAAACUCUAUCUGGCUAUGAACAGUGAGGGCUACCUGUACACAUCAGAACACUUUACGCCAGAGUGCAAAUUCAAGGAGUCGGUGUUCGAGAACUAUUAUGUGACAUACUCCUCCAUGAUAUACCGGCAGCAGCAGUCGGGCAGGGGCUGGUACCUCGGUCUGAACAAAGAAGGAGAAAUCAUGAAGGGGAACCAUGUCAAGAAGAACAAGCCAGCAGCCCACUUCCUUCCCAAACCUCUAAAGGUGGCAAUGUACAGAGAGCCAUCACUCCAUGACUUGACAGAGUUCUCCCGCUCCGGCAGCGGCACACCCACCAAGAGUCGGAGUGCCUCGGCUGUGCUCAACGGAGGCAAAGCCGUGAGCCAGAACGAAUCGACGUAGCCCGGUAGCCGAACCCAGGCCUGGGGCCGAACCACAAAACCUUACCUCCAGCAGAGCGUGACUUCAAGCAGACUUCUCUCACCGAUCAGCGGUUCAGGACUAGCUACGACAACAAACCACACACAAACAUCCAGACACCAUCAAUAAAAAAAACAGUUAGGUAUCAUCUUGGUCAGUCGUCAUCAAAAAAAAUCAUCAAUAGUAAGAAACUUAAAGGCACAUAAAGCAUUCUGGACAUAAAAUAACAAAUUAAAAUAUUGUUUUGGUCUUGACAUUUAUUUAUUUAUUUACUUGAUCACUCUCUUUUGGUGAUGAUCGCGUACCAGUUAGCUCAUCCUUAUCUUAUUUAAUUUUCUUAAUUUCCUGUGGACAACAUCUUUUCUUUGGUCAUGUAGACACCAAGCACUCGUGCAUCUGUCAGACAGGGACAGGAAGUUAGACAUGUAGGCAUUCAGGGCAGCCAGUAAUAGUGCUGGUGUACAAGGCUGCAGUGGUACAGUACAAGCCCUGAUCUCUGUCUCAUCCAUGCUUCUGUGAAUACAAAGCCUAUAAACUCCCUGGUGUGGCACAGCCUAGUGCUGCUGGGACUGUGGCCAGCCAGACGGUAGCUCUCCUGCGUCCUAGUGCACACGCUCAGAGACUGAGCUCUCUAGCAUGGGAAAAUGAAGCCUAUGUUCAGCUGACCUGAAAUAUAAGGGACAGUGUGGCUCUCUUGCAGUUUUUGUUUUCUUUUCAGAAAUGCCACAGCUGCACCUUGGUUUUCGCUAAUUUUCUGAAUUAGCUGAGAGCUUUUUAUUUGAAAACCGGUUUUGUUUUUGUCCCCUCUUGUUCUCUUCCCUUACCAUUGUUCAGUAUUUGUAUUUUUGUUGCUGUUUCAUCAUUGAAAGGGGUUCCAGCAAACCAAAGACAGAACGAAAGAGUGUCCCUUUAAGCCGCUGAAAACCAAGCCAGUAUAAAGGCAAAGCUGGAAUUUUUUUUUUCAUUGUACAUUUUUGAUGAAAGAAAGCAAAGAUUUUGUGGAAAACAGGAACAAUGGACAAAGAGAGUGAUUUUAAACACUUUGGAGUUGGCAGCGUGCUUGAUGUUGUGCUUUUUGCUGAUAUGCUCGAUGACCGAGGUAUGAAACGUCUAUUCUGUGUUCCCAUUCCCUUCUGUUACCACUUUGUCACAACGUCUCCGUCUCUUGUCCUCGUGAUCCGUUUCCUCCCUCUGUGCUUGUGUCAUACUUCGACUCCCCCGCCAUCCUUUUUUGUCGACUUCUCUUGACUGAUACAGUUCACCAUAGGAAUAUGGUGCAAGCCCCUUCCCAGGAUGCUUGUUAUGUGUUUGAGUAACUUAUUGUGGUGACAAUAUUUUCUAUAUUUAAAAAAGAAUACUGUGGACUUUUAGGUGGCUUAACAUUUUAUAGGACACGUCAUAUUUGUAAAAGUGAAGAAAAAAAAAAGAAAAAAACAUACAAAAAUGAACAUCUUCCCUUUCUUGCACAGGGCAUGUACAAACACAAUUAUGUACAAAAAGGACCCUUUUUGUGGGCUAGGUACUCCUUCCUUCAGCUACAUAACUUCUUUCUGGUACAUGCUUCUGGGAGGCUUUCUCUUCUUGGUUUCCUCCGGAGGUGGUUUGUAUUAGGUGAACCUAUCUGUUGCAUGGGAGAAAGCAGGGAAAUUCUGGUCUAGAGCUGCAUGAUGUAGGCUAUGUGUAUUAACCCAUGUUGGAUCAUGUGUUCCAAACUACCAGGCUAAAUCUGAGAAAACAACAUUUACAGGCAGACACUGUGGCUGCCUGGUAACUUCCAGUUGUUUAUUAUUUGUUGUAUACACAAAAAUGCACUGAAUAAAAUGUUUAUAUUAAGA